ACUGUUCUAGUUAACCCCAAAGGUCAUAUUAACUGGAUAGCGUGACCCUUCUGUAGGGGUUGGGCAAUCACCAUCACAAGUGCCUCAUGUCUCAGCCAAGAGGAAGUGAUAGAUGGAAGGGGGAAAAGUAACUUGACAUCCUAUUGAAUUUUUCUCUAGAAAUGGGCUGCUGUUUCUCAACUGGUUCUGUAAUUACCACUUAAAUUUUGCUCAAGUAGAUACAUGGGUCUGGGUUCCCAAGGAUCAACUGUUCCAAAACUCCCAACUCAUUCUGCCCACAUGACUUGCUUGAUCCUGACAACUCCCACUUAUGUGAAGCCAGGGGCCAAUCAUCUAAUGACAAAAAUUUAAUGACUCAGAUAUUGGUGGCUGGGGUUGAGGUGCCUGAGUCAGGUUGGGGGUGUAGGGUUAGCUUCAGUUACAGGAAGUCAAAGACUUUCAUUUCCUCUUCCAAAAGAAGGCUGGGAAUAAGAUUUAACUUGAGCAACAAGCAGCUGGGACUGACAACCUAGUUGGACUUGGGUUGAGGCUGUUCUGCCAUGAAGCUGGCUGUACUCUUCUCCGGGAUCUUGCUGGGGCUACUAGCAGUCUUUCCUCUGCUGAAAGCCCAGGAAACGGGGAAUGAAUGUCCUCAUAAAAAAUCGGCCACUCUGCUGCCAUCCUUCACGGUGACAUCUACAGCUACAGGAAGCACUGGAACAACCAGCCCCAGUACUACCAAGAGCCAAAGAACCACUACCUUAGGCACCACCAGCCAUGAAACUACAACAGCCACUCACAGUCCUGUCACCACCACCAGCCAUGGAAAUGCCACAGUUCAUCCAACAAGUAACAGCACUGCCAGCAGCCCAGGAUCCUCUACGAGUUUCCCCCACCCAGGACCACCUCCACCCUCUCCAAGUCCUAGCCCAGGCUCCAAGGCUGCUAUAGGAGACUACACUUGGAUUAAUGGCUCCCAGCCCUGUGUCCACCUCCAAGCCCAGAUUCAGCUUCGAGUUCUGUACCCAACCCAGGAUGGAGGACAGAACUGGGGCAUCUCUGUAUUGAAUCCCAACAAAACCAAGGCCCAGGGGGACUGUGAGGGUGCCCAUCCCCACUUGCUUCUCUCAUUCCCCUAUGGACAGCUCAGCUUUGGAUUCAAGCAGGAGCCACUGCAGAGCACUGUCUACCUGAACUCUAUGGCUGUGGAGUAUAAUGUGUCCUUCCCGCUGGCAGCACAGUGGACAUUCUCAGUUCAGAAUGCAUCCCUUCGAGAACUCCAAGCCCCGAUGGGCCAGAGCUUCAGUUGCAGAAAUGCGAGCAUCGUUCUUUCACCAGCUUUCCAUCUCGACCUGCUCUUCCUGAAGCUACAAGCUGCUCAGCUGCCCACUACAGGGGCCUUUGGGCCAAGUUUCUCUUGUCCCAGUGACCAAUCCAUCUUGCUGCCUCUCAUCAUCGGCCUGAUUGCCCUUGGCCUUCUCACCCUGGUGCUUGUUACCUUCUGCAUCUUCCGGAGACGCCCACCCACCUACCAGCCCCUCUGAGCAUUUGUCCCAACACUCAAGGCACCAGGGGAUGCCCUCAUUUCUGACCCUUCAACUGACUCAGAGACAGUGAUCUUUUCCUCACUGUCGUGAAGAACAAAAGUAGAGAUAAUGCAAUUGGGAGGGAUGAGGGGAGAUGUUUAUUAAAUAUGACAGAUUCCCCUCUCCCCCAACCUCCCAAGUGGGAGAAUAGUAAAACCUACUCAAAUCUGUCUUUGGUUUUCUUUGUCCUUACUGCCAGGAUUAAAAGCUGUGAGUUUCUUGUCACAACA